AAUAUUUGUUUAAAAUGUCGAUGAACUGUCCAUUUGUUUGAGUCUGUGUACUAUUUUGUGUUUUCAAUUAAAACCCAUCUGUUGUUUACAUUCCAUUUAACAUAGAUGUAUAGUAUAUGUGUUCGAUUUUAUUAAAAUCUAUUUACACCGAUGAGUGUAGAGUAUUUUAUGAAUUACCUUCGAUGCGUACAGUUCAACUAAGUUGAUAAGAUUAUUGUUUCAAAACUCAAUAUUGUAAACAAAGAGAUUAAUAAAUGCCCUUUGUGAUAAAAAAAAAAGUUAUCAACACGAAAUUCAAUAACAAAAUCGAAAAAUGUAAGUGUCGAAAUUUAAUAGGUUAAUAAAGUUAUUUGGCAUAAAUUGAAGGAGAGAGCGAAAAAAAGCGCAGACAUUGAAUUGCUAAUGUGUUGACAUUUGGUGUGAUUUGCAAUAGAUCGAGGGAAAAAAACGUUGGUUUGAGUGUGUUCGUUAUCUCAUCGCUCAGUACAUUCUAUGCAAUUCUAAGCAUAUUCCAGAAUUCGUGUGUUAUACAAAAACGAAUGGAACGACACGGAUAGCACACACAACUAAAAAUAGAUUGUGCACACGAUAGUAUAGAAGUGACUCUCUCCACAGUCUCACACCGCACACACUCCGUCAAACGGCUGCAUUCGCGCGAAACCGAAACAAUCGACAAACACACAGUGGCGCACAAGAGACAGACUGAGUGAGAGUGAACGAGCAACAUUUUCCAACACAUCCACACCAGUGAGUCUAUUGACAUUUCAGUUCGUUUUUGUCAUGCGCCAUUUAUGGUAUUCCAAAAGCAAGAAAACCAAGUGAAAGACACACAGUAACAAGAGUAGAAAAAAAACGAAGAAAAAAAAAGAAGUCGAUUCCGUGAAAAUGAUUGUCAGACGACGAUUCGAAAGGGAUACCAAUGUGAGCAUACUUCAUUAAAUUCGAACGAAUUUCAAGGAUUUUCACACAAGAAAAUAGUUCUUUCGUUUUGUGAAAUAAUUUCGCUGUUUGAAAGUUCAAUAUGAUAUAAUAGUGAUGGUUGUUGGCUUGUUUUGCCGAUUUUCAAUCGACUGUGAUUGUGCAUUCAUUGUGACAGUGCUUUGAAUUUCGUCGAUUUUGUUUUUGUGUACACAAAUUUAUGAUAGCGAGCGUUGAUUGCGUCACGAUUGUAUCGGAUUAUUAGAGUGCGAUCAUCGUUUCGGAAGUCAUGCAUUCAUUCAAUCGCACGAAGGACUGGCCACAAUUUUACGGUGUUCUAGAUUAGCGAAACAGCAGCACAGUAGAGAAAAUACACCAUAAAAAACAUUAAAUAAUAACCGCGACAUACUCGUUCGACACACAUGAUUUCGAUUCAAUAGAAUUCUAGCUUUGUAUCUUAUUUUUCGUCGUAUUACAUAAUCGAAACGAAGUAGCAAGAAACACAAAUCAUAAAUAGAUUUUAUCACGCGGUCAACCAAAAGUUUUAGUUAAAAAUUUGAAAGGGAAAAAUUCGCGAAACCGAAGAAAAACGAUUCUCAAAAAAUUGGUCGCCAUGGAGUCGAAAUCGUAUUACAAUCCAGAAUUAUUGUACAGCCAAUGCAUAGUCAGCUAUGUGAAGCACUUGAAGCCCAAAACCAGUCAACUUGACGAAAUCGAUGGUCUACAAAUGUUGCCGCCGAACAUUUUGGCAGAUAUUUACUUAGCUAUGAGCGAAUCGGAGGAUUUACGAGAUAUUCUGUAUAAUGAAUUAGCAAAUUUGACCAUUUUCAUGCGACUACUCAAAUACGCAGUAGCCCGACAAAAAAUGAUCAAAUGUUUUUCGGUCCUUAUGUGUAGUGGACGUCAACUAUCGACUGAAAUUUCAUCAAAAUUUGUCAUGUACACACAGCAUCACUUUCAAUCGCAUUACAAAACAUCACCCAUGAAAAAUUCAAAUCAUAAUCUAUUGAUGGCACGUGAUAUGUGUCUGAAGCAAGUUGAGAACGGUAUGCGACUGGGCACUUUUCUUAGUGAAUCGGGUUGGUUGCAGGACAGUUUAAAGGUAUUGGUGACCAUUUUGAAUGUCAUCAAUACGCUCAAACUAAAUUAUAAUACAAUUAUUGUGAAAUUGGACUGUUUACAAAGAUUACUUCAUACACAAGUUGCAUUUUGUUGUUUCUCUGACGCCAACAAAAGCCAGACAGAAGCUAAUGAAAUCAUCGAUCAAAUUGGCAUGGACAAAGUUCCAAUUAAUUUGCUAGUGACUUAUUACAAAGUGCUGUCAAUGUUGUAUUUUGCCAAAAGUGAUUACAAUUUAAGUUACGACUGGGGUGUCAAGGCAUUGGAGUUGAUUGGGCCCAACACACCUGACAAAAUUGCCAUCGAUGUACUCCGUGUUGCGGCUAAAGCGUGUGUUGUAAAACGAGAAUUCGAUAAAGCGAGAAUUCUUAUCCUGAAAGCUGUAAAAAUGGCUGGAACUUACUUUGGGGAAAGUCAUCAAAAAUACGCUGAUACACUGCUUGAUUAUGGCUUCUUUCUACUGAAUGUCGACGACAUCGUUCGCAGCGUUCACGCCUACACGCGUGCAUUGGAUAUCAAACGCUCGAUUCAUGGGAGCAAAAACUUGGCCGUCGCCACCGCUGAAGAGGAUUUAUCAUACGCUUUAUAUGUUUUAGAAUAUAGUUCGGGACAUUUCCAAAGUGCUCGAGAUCACAUUUGCAAAUCAAUCGAUAUAUUGCGCUCACUUUUGCCAAAAGAUCACUUGUUACUGUCGUCUGCCAGAAGGGUGAAAGCAUUGAUCCUAGAGGAGAUCGCAUUGGACAACUUUAAUAUGGGCGAUAAUACAACUGAAUAUCAAAAUUUACUGAUUGAAGCGGAAGAAUUGCAUCGAAGUGCUUUGAAAAUCACAAUCGACGCUUUCGGCGAGGUGAACGUUCAAACAGCAAAACAUUAUGGAAACCUUGGCCGAUUGUAUCAGAGCAUGGCAAAAUACCAAGAAGCUGAAGAGUUACACAAACGUGCUAUCAAAAUCAAAAGUGAUUUACUCGGCCCAUAUGACUAUGAGGUCGGAUUGUCAAUUGGACAUUUGGCUUCACUAUACAGUUAUCACAUGAAAAAGUAUCGCGAAGCCGAAAAACUUUACUUGAAGAGUAUUGCCAUUAGCUUGAGACUGUUUGGAGAAAGUUAUUCUGGCUUGGAAUACGAUUACAAGGGACUUUGUAAUGUCUAUGAAUUUCUCAACGAUACCGAAAAGUACUUGGAAUAUUCGCAAGUACUGGAAACCUGGCGAAUGAUUCGCGAAGGAAAUUUAGAGGUCUCAACGUCGUGUAAUGAAUCAAAAGAGGAAAUCACGCUGGAUGAAGUACGUGAAAAGUUUUUUGAUUUAUGUAGUCGAAGUAAUGUAGCAGCCGCCGCCGCCGUCGAAGAGUCUGAUAACAAUUAAAAAUUGAUGAAAUUUCUCGUUUUUACUGUAACCAUUAUUAUGUUAAGUGUAAAAAAAAAAAACAUUUAUUCGAUUAAAACUAGGAAAAAAAACAAAAGCAGAAGAAAGAGAAAUAAACAAAAAAUGAAAGUUAUAACUAUAUAAUCUAAACAAUUAAUCGAUUAAAAUGAAAAAAAAAUUGCUUUUUGUAUUUUGUGUCACAUGAAAUGAAACAGGCGCAACAAAUUCAGUUGAAGUCAUUUAAAGGAACUAGUUUAUUUAUUACCAUUUUAUGUAGAACAUAAGAUAGAGGAAGAAAAAAAAGUCGUUCGAGAGAGAUAUUUACAAUUAUGCAGGAAAAAACCACAAAAGAGAUGCAAAAAAGAAAAACGUGUUAAGCCAAUAGUUAAUAAAACAAAAUGAGCAUUAAAACAAUUUCAGUGUGAAAUAAAGUCGCUUUUCUAAACAGCCAGAUUUUAACUGGAUAUAGCAAAAGCAAAAUAAAUUUAUAAUUUUCGUGAA